AUGGCGUCGUCCGGAGGUAUCUGGGCUCCUAUAGCCAUGAGGAUGCUAAAAAACGUAGUUCAACGAACUACAAAACUCAUCAAAUUACGCAUCAAAGAUGUUACCACUAAACCUGUCACAGCAGAACUCCAACCAAUUCUUGUGAGAAGCUCACCCCGUCAUCCAAUCCAUCCAGCGGCCCUCCUCCGUCAAAACAAGGGACGAUGGUACACUACCCAAAGUGCUGUCAAUGCCGCUGUGCGUCGUUAUAUGAGCACCAGCGGACAAGCCAUUAAACAUGAUCGUGCUUCAUUCCCAAAAUCAAACACCGCAAGCGUUGUAUCCCGUCUCACAACCAGAGCUCCGUUUGCCUCAACUCUCCGACCAAAUUUAACUGGUGGAGCUCUCCCAAGAACAGCGGGAGGUUAUGGUUUAGGAGGUGGAAGAGCAAGCGCUCGAUACUUUUCCCAUUCACCUGCUGCUCCAGCACAAGUGGUUAAUAACGUCUCACAAGCUGUCCGAGCAUUCUUUCUCUCCGGCCAAAAAGCUCAAUUCGAUGGUAUGACUCCUAUGGGCGAGAAACGCUACAGAGCCGUCUCUUCUCUCCAAGAAGAAACAUCUCGAAAGAUUCAUUCCGUCUCGAAAUUCUCUCCAGGCUCUUACAUCGAUUUCCCCGUCAAUCCCACCGUCACGGCUCUCUCCCCUCUCGCUGGCGCUCUUCCAUUCGGUGCCCAAAUGUCCCAAACCUCUCCCUCUUUGAACACAUCCGGCUUCCUCGACAUUCUCUCCGUUGACUUCUCCCGCGCUUUAAAAGACCUCGCAGUAACAAUGAACGAUCUCAAAAAACUGUCCUCUCUCGGCGAUCUCCCUAUAACCCUCGAAAACAAAUACAUCCUGCGUGUCCGUUUCCCCGGUUGCGAUGCCGAAUCCGUAGAGCGCCUCUGCGAUGAAGUCGGCGUACAGCGGGGAAUCAUACACCAGGAUGCCGAUUUCGAUGCUGCUGUGGGAACACAUAUGGCUCUCCUAUUCCCUUUCGCUUCUACUACUACUGAAGAAGAAUCGCCCUCGCGCCUUUUGUCUCCUGGUUUACAAACUAGUUCGCCUUCCCCUAAUCAAGAUGAAUACGAAGAUAUUCUACAAGAAUUCUCAGAAAACCCAUGGAUAGAAGGUUAUGAAACUAUGGAAGAAGAUGUCAGCGAAAGCGGUUCAGCAUACUUUACGAAGAUCAGCGGACAUCCAUCUACAUCUGAGGAAUAUGAGGGUCUAGAGGGAAUACACAAGUUCCUUGAAGAAUGUGAUGCGAGGAGGUCAUAG